AGUAUGUCACCACUUCUGGGAAAUAACAGUUCAUAUGAACACAUGGAAAAUGGACUGUAUAAUUCACCAGAAUCCAUUGUUUCCCUUGCUAUCUUCAUCCUUGUCUUCAUACUGGGCGUGCCAGGCAAUGGCUUGGUCAUCUGGGUUGCAGGCAGGAAAAUGAAGCGGACUGUAAACAGUGUUUGGUUCCUGAACCUUGCUGUGGCUGACUUCCUGUGCUGCCUUUCUCUGCCUUUCCACAUUGCUCAUCUGAUCCUCCAUGACAACUGGCCAUAUGGCUCGUUCCUUUGCAAGGUAAUCCCCUCAGCCAUUAUCUUCAAUAUGUUUGCCAGUGUUUUCCUUCUUACUGCCAUCAGCAUUGACCGCUGCCUCUUGGUGAUGAAGCCAGUCUGGUGUCAAAACCGUCGCACAGUCAGGUUUGCGUGGGUGACAUGCGCUAUCAUCUGGAUCCUGGCUUUUGUUAUGUGCUCUCCAGUCUUCCUGUACCGAGAGACCUCUGUAGAUAAAUCUGGCAAAACAAAGUGUGACUACAACUAUGGAGAUGAAGAAUUUUAUGAGUACAUGUAUAAUGGCAAUGAUUCUGACAUAAACUAUGACUUUUUUGGGGACAAGGAUCUAGGGGACCACGCAACUGUGGAGCCAACUGGAACCCAUGACGACACCUUCUUAACUUAUCAGCUUCCUGAUGAACACCUGGAUUUCCAAAUAGCCAUCCAUCCCAGUGCUUCUACCAUCAUUAGCCCACCGUCAUUCAGUCUUCUCCAUUCGGUGGUACCAAAUGACCUUGAUGCUACAGCUGCCACAAAUUCAUCUACAGUGUCUUUUGCUCACCCUGAUUUCAAGUCCUCUGAGCCUCCUGACAGCCCUCCUGAUGUUGACCCAUUCACAAUGACCGAUGCCAUCAUCCCUUUAGAGUUAUCUGACCUUCCUUCUGGCAGGUUCAAUGAUGAAAUGUCUUCACCGGAGAAUACAAUGGAAGAUUACAGUGAUUACGUCCCCAAAAGCAGCCUGUCAGUCAUCACUUUGACCAUCACUAGAACUGUCUUUGGCUUCCUUCUCCCUUUUGGCAUAAUGGCAGCUUGCUAUGGCCUCAUUGCCUUCAAGAUGCAUGCAUCUCAAUUUAAGAAGCCCCGGGGUAAGACCUUGCAAGUGAUUGUGGUGGUGGUGGCUGCACUCUUUGUCUGUUGGGCUCCGUACCACAUAGUUGGCAUAUUGCUCCUGACAGUGAAGACUUACACAACAUUAUGGAAGAUGCUACCACUCUGGGACCACCUCUCAAUUGCCUUAGCCUAUGUCAACAGUUGCAUCAAUCCAGUGCUCUAUGCAUUUGUGGGACGGGACUUCAGGGAGAAGGCAUGUCUAUCGCUGAAGGUGAUCCUGGAGCGUGCCUUGAGUGAGGAAGUUACAUACACAACUGCCUAUUCCCGUGACAGGGCCAAGACCUCAACAGACAAGGAUAUCAGCAGUGUCCUAUGAAAUGGGUAUUUUCACUGGCAUUGCAAAGGCAGAGAGCCAGCCAAAGCCUCCCCACCCCAUGACUUUCUAUUGAAGGACUACAGAGCCAUAACAAGCUUAACUAUAAUCUAUUGGGGACUAGGACACUUCAGAGCAGGCUACUCUCCUCCUCUGACACCUUCCUAGUGAGAGAAGGGAGGUGGGGGAUACUGGGGAAGUGACCUAAGGGAUAAGGAGGGAGGGAGGCAGAGACAGAGAGACCUUUACCUCACCAUUUACAGAGAGACAGGCAUAUGUGGAAGGACACAUGGUGGGGUCAUGUAACUUAUCCUCUGCAUUGCUGAUUGAGAAUGCCACUGAAGACCAUGGAUCUAUUAAUCGCCAGUCUGUCUCCUAUACCUGCUACAUUAUAGAUGAGAUUCUGCAUUGAUACAUCUCCUUAUUCUGUCACCCUAACCUCCCCCACCCUUCCUUAGGACCCCUGAACCUUCCCUGUAGCAGAAGCUGAUGGAGGGGGAGGGCAGGACCAGCUUUCCUCACUAGCAUUUUACCCCAUGUCCACUGAGCACUGAAAGCUGACUUUAAUGCCAGUAUUCCUGGGGUCACUGUGUAUUGGUUUACUGAAAGUUCCUGUCCUACAAGAAAGUCCCCAAAGGGCCAGGUCCCUUUAUUGCAGGCAGGAGCUCAUUAAAUCUAGGACCCACCUUUUGGGAGCAUGGAAUGAGAUGCAUCAAUGAGGCAAAGGGAACUGAUGUAUGCUACACUACUCAUAGAGAUGUGCUUAUUCUGUCUGGAGCUGCUUGGAUGCCCAAACCUAAUCAGAGCAGGGAGGGACAACUUUCCAAGAGGAAAAUCUGAAUGGGUGCAUCAGGUAAAACUAAAACUA